AUCACUUAGACGUGAUUCCCAGUAUCAUUGUAAAAUUGAACGAGCUAUAAGCCCGAACAUCUGUGGUUGUCAAUAGUCCAAUCCGUGAGACUGCUAUCAUUGAUCGCGGACCUCUGCUUCCUCCCCCUUGCCUCUACAAAGAUGUCGACGUUUCCUCCGAAUGUGGCAUAUAGCCAGAUCCCUCCAGCAACUUAUCCUUUCCAACCUCACCCCUCGUAUCAGUAUCCCCCGCCUUCCUCAUCGCUCUACAUGGUUGAUCCAAAUACUUUUCGUCGCGAUUACACGAUGCGCCUAGCGGAGCUAACUGUAAACUCCAGGCCCAUUAUUCAGAAUUUAUCGAUGGUUGCACAAGAGUAUUCGCGAUGGGCAGAUGUUGUUGUUCAAUGCAUCGAGAAUCACAUACGGCAGGUGCCUCCUUGGAUGAAGCUCCCUUCAUUCUAUCUUUUAGAUGCCGUUUCGAAGAACGUCUAUGACCCGUACGCUCGCCAUUUCGCCUCGGUCGUCACUUCCCUUUUCCUCGAUUCAUAUGGUCUCGUCGAGCCUGGUGUCCGUAGUAAAAUGGAGGAAAUGCUUUUGACUUGGCGUACCGGCGGUCCUCAUGGUAGAGAAUUAUUUGGUGUAGGUCCUCAGGUUGCGAUCGAGCGAGGCAUAUGGGGCUCAGGCGUAAUCAAUGACUCGUCCUUACCAUCGGGUGCUGGGACUAUCUCUAAAUCACAAGUUAUCAGUGAACUUGAAUUCACCCUUGGUCAAACAGAACGAGCUCUCCAGUCCAAUCCAUUUGACUCUGUGAUUCAAAAUGAUGUCAGUGUUUUACAUCAGUUGAGAAAACUUGUCGAGGACGGUGGGGUAUCACAAGAAGAACUUCGUCAGAUCCUUACUAAGUUACGCAGUCUUGCACGUCCGCCUCCCCCUAAUCAACCUGCUCCGUCUAUUGGUCCGAGCAAAUAUUCUUCCAAUUUAUCUGCCUCUUACACCGGUCUGUCAUCGUAUCCUCCGCCUGUCGCUCAGCCGCCGCCUCCUUUGCCGCCUGCCGUCCAGCAGUUUUACUCUCAACCGCCGUCAAAUCCUUAUCCAUCGUUUGAUCAAAUUGAGGCGCCACUCUCUGCCCUGCCUUCAACCGCGGGUCCAUCAUCUACCACUACAAGUUCAACAGUUACUAUGCCUAACAUAUCCAACUUGUUCGAGGCUCUAUUGAAGGCUGGUGUAGUCUCAGCAACCGGUACUCCCACUGGAGCUGGCACGACAACAACAGCGAGCGAGGUUGAGGAGAGUAAGCCUGCGCCUCCUGAAGAUCUUGAUAGGGAUGAGGCAAGAGCUUAUAGAGAAGCUAUCCUCGCUGAGAACAUCAAGUUCACAAGUGCUGAUAUCUCGAGGCGCCGUUCGCGGAUAGUUCAUUUUCUUUAUGAUCGUUUACCCGUGCAAUGUAAACAGUGUGCGAUCAGAUUCCAGGAUACUGUUACGGGUAGAAAACAAAUGCAGGAUCACCUUGAUAUGCAUUUCAGACAGAACAGGAAAGCUAACCAGAACGUUGGCCGUGGUCACAGUCGUAGCUGGUUCGUUGGUGCAGAGGAUUGGGUGCACGACACUUCUGCGAGUAGUAAAGGCAAAGGUAACGCGGACCAGUCCCGUCCUCUGAAUGCUAAAGCUGUCGCCGCUGCCGAGGCUGCGAAGCGUGAUGCAGAGCUACGCGCUCAGUUCGUGGUUGUGCCGCCUGGAGAUGAGGCGAAGCACAUCGCAUGUCCCAUCUGUAAGGAGGUUUUGAAAUCAGAGUUUCAAGAGGAAGACGAAGAGUGGGUGUGGCUGAACGCCGUCAAAGUCGAAGAUCGGAUUUAUCAUGCGACGUGCCACGCUGAAGCACGAACAUCCGCUACUACGAUCGCUGCCCGCCUUCGCAUGGAUGCAGCUGUUGUGCGAAGUCGUUCUGCUACUCCGGAUGUGUCCUCGCAGCGCGGGACCCCACCACGAACAACAUCAGUCAAGACCGAGUCAUCGCCAUUGAGGCUCGCAGGUACCAAGCGGAAAGUUGAAUCCGAAGAUGUACCUGGCCUAGGCAGCGAGGCUGAGGGGUCACCGCCAAUGAAGAAAACGUUGCUGUCCACGGCAUAGAGUUGCACUUGAGCUGUGUUGUUGGAAUAGGUUUGGGUUGUGUUGGGUCUCGCAUUAUACAUCUAGUCUCAUCAUUAUUGGUUGUGUUUCUUUUUUCCAUUUUCUCUUCAUCCUCUCCCAUCUAUCUACCCUGAGCGUUUGCAUUGGCAUUGGCAUUGGCAUUAACAUUAUCAAGCAUAUGUAUCAUUGCCCGCAAUAAUACCAUCUGUUUUGGAUUCUGAUGUUG